AUGUUUUCUACUGAAAAUGGCAGUUUCGUUCUUAUUACACUUGUUUUCUGUUCAAUUGUUGCUAAGAUUGCUUGGGAGCUUUUCUUCUCUCCAUUGAGGCAUUUCCCGGGCCCGGUCGCUGCAAAGUUCACGAACAUUUAUCGUGCAUUUACAGUGUACUUAGGUUCCGUGGACAAAACGCAAAGAAACUGGCAUCGUGAUUAUGGCGUAGCUGUUCGAAUUGGUCCGAAAACCAUCAGUCUUAGUGAUCCAUCUUUGAUUGGGACGAUAUAUGCAACAAAAAAUGCUUGGCUCAAGAGCGAGAUGUACAAGCCCAAUGAUGCCCUUAUUGAAGGGAAACGGAUGUCAAAUAUUUUCAAUUCUAGAGAUCCUUUGUGGCAUGAAAGAUACGUUAAACCCAUCAGGAGUCUCUGGACCAUGACAAAGGUUCUGGACAUCGAACCCUUGGUUGAUGAAACUUUGGGAAUAUUCAUCGACAAACUAAGUGCGAAUUUUGCGGAUGAAUCGAAGACAUGCAUGGUGAAUGAUUGGCUGGCGUACUUCGCUUGGGAUGUGGCGGCAAACAUCAGCUUUGGACGACCAUUCGGAUUGAUUGAACAAGAAAGGGAUGUUGAUAACAUCCUUCUUGAAUCCCAAAGGUCGCUUUACUACUUCUCCGUCGUCAGUCAAAUUCCAUGGAUUGACCAUUUUCUUGACAAGAACCCAAUAAUUCGGAUUGGUCCCAGGCCUACUGUAACGGGGAUACUGUACUGCUUUAAGGUUGUUGCUCAAUAUCGAGAAGAGCUCUUAUCGGCGGGUCACAAGCACAAAGCCAUCAACCACUACCUCGAUAAAUAUUUCAAGCUCAAAGAAACGAACCCGGACCUAAUUGAUGACAACCAAAUUGUAACAUAUCUAAUACUCAGUAUUCUUGCAGGCGGCGACACGACCGCAUCAACCAUGAGGGGUAUUCUAUACUACCUUUCCAAAAAUGCAUCCGCUUACACAAAACUGAUCGACGAGCUAGACAAUGCGAAUCUCUCACUGCCAGCGCAAUGGAAGGAUAUACAUGAUCUUCCUUACUUGAGUGCAGUGCUCCGUGAGGCUAUGCGCAUUAAUCCGGGUUCUGCUAUGAUGUUAGAGCGAGUUGUUCCCGAUUCUGGAUUUACUCUUCCCGACGGAAGAUUUAUUCCCGGUGGAACAUCCGUGGGUAUCAACCCCGGAGUCUCGAAUCGGGACCCUGAAACCUUCGGAUCUGAUGUCGAUUCCUUUAAUCCCGAUCGCUGGCUGCAAAUGAAAGGAGAGUCUCAAGAAAAUUUUGAAACUCGUCACAAACAGAUGGUUAAAACUGUCGAUUUUAUAUUCGGUGGUGGUAGUCGAGUAUGCAUGGGGAAAUAUUUCGUUCAGCUGGAAUUGUGGAAAACGAUGGCUACUCUAUACAGUAUUUUCGAUAUAAAACUCGAGGAUCCCAAUCAUAUCUGGAAAUCUCAUAACGCCUUCUUCACAUAUCAAUGGGAUGUUCCCAUGAAGAUAUCCAGGCGGACUAGAGCUCGAACUUAA